GGGUUCGAACCGAGCUAGAAGUAGGAUUUUCAUUGCACUGUGCACAUAGUGAAAUACAUCAUCUUCCGUUUCACCACUAUAUGCUUUGUGUUUCUCUUUUUUCGAAGAAGGAGCACUUUAUUGAUUUCCCACCACGUUAACGUUUCAUGUUUUUAACUUUCUAAACGUACAAUUACACCCUAUUUCAAAGAAACAUCAGUUUAUUCCAAAAUGGACAACAGUCAAGAGGCAAUGAUGCAGGCCUACUUGGUAUCAUGAGGAAAAAUGCCCCCUCCCCAUAUCGAAACGAAGUUUCUGAUGCUGGAUUUCCAUACACAAAUCAGAUUUGUCUUGCAGUAGAGGAAUGCAGGCAUAUGUCAAGCCUCAGCCGAGAGGUUUGACGUAGGCGCCUAGCAUGACAAACGUGUAUGCUCUGAGGCAAACAGCAUCACAAACCGCCUGAAAAAUGCGGAACGCUUUCUGGAUUUGCCUUCUUGCAAGACAGACAGGAUUUGAGGUCACAAAUCCGCAUCACAAAUUUUCAGACGAUAUGGGGAGGGGGGAUUUUUCCUUUUGAUACCUGGCCUCCAAGGCGCACAUGGGGCAGGAUAUGGGUGGCUUUCAGAAAAUAUCCUGUGCAAAAGUAUCGUACUCGUAUAAAUGCAGGUCUUGCAUUACAAAUAUUUUUCGUAAGGUAAAUCAGCAUGACAAAUUUUAUUUCUCAUGCUGAGAGAAUUUGUCAUGCAUUUAUACGAGUACGAUACUUUUGCAGUUCAUAGAAAAUUCAAAACAAAAGCCGAGGCGGGGACAACAGAAGAAAUAACCAGAGGGGCGGACAGUGGGGACGUAUUGACCAUAAAUUUUAUAGUGCCAAGAUUUACAAUUACAUCAACAGCAUCAGGAUCAGAUGAAAGAGACGAGUGCAAUAUGGAUGAAGCUGUUUUGCAUUCGUGUAUUACCACUCAAUUUUGCGAAAAUUAUCUAGUAAAGUACUCAAUUCUUUUCCCAAACCUAGGCGGACAAGGCGGUCGCGGCGGGCAGGAUGAUAUGAUGAUGGGUGAGGGAGACGGUGACGUGCCAAUUACGGUUAGAAACUUCCUCGAGGAUUUUGCACAGGCGGUUCAGGAGUCAAGAGCAGACACCGUGGAGGAUAUUUUCGUAAAGGAAUACCCAAAACUCUCCGAGGGAAUCUUUCGACAGAAGCACGGUACUAUGAUGAUUUUUCUUGGAGUCAACAACAACAUUUUGUCCUGCUGUGCUUGUUGUGUAGUUGCAUAUUUUGAUGCUGGGAGUAGUACUACUUGCGUAAGAACAUAAAAAUGGAUGACCGCAAGCGACAACAUCUACUUCCAUCACAGGUAAAAACCAGAAGUGGCCGUCUCUGGAGGAUGCCCGCGCCUGCCUUUCUGACAACCACAACGUGCACCUUCUCUACAAGGAACUUUACUACCGACACUUGUUCUCAAGGUAACUUUCUUUGACUUUACUAUGAAUUUGUUUCUCAUGCAUAUUAGAGUCUCGAGCUCGAGGAUACUUCCUAGUUCAAAAAACCCAACGCGGGAAAUAUUUCUGGAUGCAGGAAUGUUCGCCAGUACGUAGAUGACAAAUGGAAUCUAAAAACUAUCUACCAGAUUGGACAAGCAUGUGACCGCUAUGGAUCGCGUGGACGCGUGGAACAACUACCAAGACAUUUUCGACCGGGUUGGCAAGGACCUGCAGGCUAUUUCCGACGGACAGCAGCCGCCCACCGGGUUAUUACAGGUGAUCCCCGUCUGCUGGUUGUGGGAGAUGCUGGACGAAUUUCUGUACCACUACACCACCUACUGCUUCUUCAAGGCCAAGGUCACCCAGCAGCGGGCGAAAUUACAAAAGCAGUUGGAGCAGGACCCGAGCCAGGCCUCCGUGCCGGUGAAUCGGCAAACCUUGAUGGACUUCGACAUUGUAAAGGAGCAGAAAAACGUCUUCGACUCCGGCGAAGUGUUCUACACCUUGAAGCGAUUAGUAAUGGGCAGCAACAUCGACGCCAUUAUCCGCAUCGAAAAGGGCAUCGACGAGGGAGACGUCAGCGGGAUCUCCGAGCAAGCCAAAUUCUUAGGUAUUUAGGUUUUUGCAUAUACAACUUUGGCUUUGCUCCGCGUGACAAGUGGAAUUUGUUGUAAUGCUGGUUUCGCUUCCGAAAAACAUUUCUAAUGCAUAAACACAAAAAUUGGAAUUGCCACAGGUUACUUCGCGAAGAUCCAGCAGGUUCGUUACCACUUGAUGCUUGGUGAAUACGACGUUGCGCUGAAGCGUGUGGGUGAGCUCGACUUCGGCUGGGAAAACGCGCUCUACUACCGCUGCCCCGCCGCGCACGUGUCUUUUUGCUACUUUGUCGCCUUCUCUCUCUUCAUGUCCGAACGCUACAGCGACUGCCUCUCCGUGGUGUCCAAGGUAAAAAUAGAAAUUGUAUGGCUGUGUUUACGAAUACGAAUUUCUCAUGCUGUUUCUUCAGUUCUUUCAAUGCACCGUUGAGAAAUGAGUAUGGCAAGAUACCAGACCCAGAGUGCAUGUAGUUGUGAAGUAGCCUGGCGAUAAAUACAAAUGAAUGUCCAAUCGAAACCAAACCCGACCAAAACAGACCCUUCACUUCAUCCAGAAGUUGCAGCGGUUCCCGCCGUUGCAGGAACAGUACGCCGGACAGCUGAUGAAACAGCAGGACCGCAUGGUCAGGUUGUUCGUCCUCUGUCAGGUGUUCUCCCCGGACGGGUACCAGUGCAUCCCGGAAGAAAACGUCGCCAACUGGUGCGCGGACAAGUACGCGGACGACAUUAAGGUUCUGAAAACCUGGGGCAGCAAAGACGUCGCGGGACCGGUAUCUUUUGGAGACAUGAAAUUGAUGUUAAUGUUGAACCGAUGUCUUGCUAAUGCUAAAAUGUAACAUGCAUUCUUGAGAGAGCAAGGGAAAGAAGCCUUCAGUCUCUUGUUCUCCCUUGCGUUGGUCCACCAGCUGCACUUUCCACUGCCUACAGGAGUCAUGUCGGCACAGAUCAUAUCGAUCUGUAUGUCGGUGUCAAAAGUACAGUUAUCUUCCAAAGCUAAAGCAGCAAACUGCCCUCCUAUAACUAAACCCCAAAAAUUCAUACAGGAAACCGAUAUGAACACGAAGCCGUGGAUGGCGAAAUUAGUCGAGUUUUUCAACGCGAUUCAGCCGCGAUUUGUCACCAUUCUGGACGAGGACCUCACGGGUAGCCAGGACUCCAUGGAGGGCCACAAGCGACAGUGGGAGCUCUUCUGGGGGCGGAUGAUGAGCCAGAGGUACGUCCCGUGGGUGAGGAACGUCCUGCGCAUGUACAGUAAAAUCUCCCUCGCCAAAUUAACCAGCCUCUGCAACUUCCGGGACGAAGAAGAGUGCAAGGAACGCCUCGCCUUCGUCGAGUCAAAAAACCUCCAGAUCGUCAUGGACACAAGUAUGAUAUUAUACGAGAAACUUCUUUUGCCAAUUUGCUAUGUUUUUCCACUUCAGCAACUACCAGACAGCUCGGAAAUUUCAAUCUGGAUCUUUCGGCUUUCCUAAAUCCUAAACCAUUGCUUGUUAUCAGGCGACGCUGGCGGACCGUCUCUCCUCCCCGGUCUCCCGAAGGUGUGCACCGACGUGAACUUUUCCGUGAAGGACGGCGAAGUGCAAAUCAGCAUCCAGAAGCAACAGAAAGACUUCUCGAGCACCUACAUUCGCGAAAUCCACCUGCUGGACAAGAUCGCCGCCGCGGUGGUCGCGGGCGCGUAAGGUGGGAACGGUCUCAGUGGAACGAGUCGGGGACAAGAGGAGAAACGACAAUUGUCUACUACCGGCGUCUGUUGUUGAGCUUCCACCAGCUGCACAUCAUCGUUCCGCUGCGCUCCGUCUUCCGUCCUAGUGAUUGAGGCUGGUUCGAAGAUCAUGCGUAGUGGGAGAGAGAUGACAAUGUUUGCUGCAGAUGUUGACGCUUGGAAUCAGUUACACAGUCGUGUUGACAUUGACAUUCACAUUCAUAGCAGAAUGUAAUAAAAAACGCUUUUCACGAAUCUAUUGCUUACACAUUUAUUUCACCCAUGGUGGCUAAGGCUAUCGCUUUUUUUUGGUUGCAAGAAAAUGAAUGACGACACAGGCUCCACACAAAGAGCAACAGAAAAAUCAUGUUGGGGCAAUUCAUCACACUGGACAUUACACGCAGAUGGCAAUGCAAACUAAAGAAGAAUUUACGGAAAAGGAUGAAUAAGUAC